AUGCGUCUCUUGCACUGUACAGGUGAUGGCAAAUUCAGCCUUGUAGAAUACAUCGGCGACGAAGUACCGCGAUAUGCGAUUCUUUCACACGUCUGGCGAGCGAACAACGCCGAGGAGGUCACAUUCAAAGAUCUGAUGGAAGGCAGAGGCGAGGAAAAACCAGGUUAUCGCAAGAUACAGUUCUGCGGCGAACAGGCUACUCAGGAUGACAUAGAGUACUUCUGGGUGGAUACCUGCUGCACUAUACAGAGUCACCAUCGAUACCUUUGCCCUACGAAAGUCGCGGCAUAUGCCGCCGAAGAUGGCGGCAGAAUGUACAUAGCCAUUCAAUACAAAUGUAGUAAUUUUGCCUUACUCAGUCAUCUUUUUAUCAAAGAAUCCUUGUUCCACACUCUAAUCCCAGAUCCAAAUCUUGUACAGAGGGCCUAG